AUGGCUUCCGCUGCUCCCUCUGCUCGCAGAAUCCCAUCGACAUUCGGUCGAGACAGCUUGACUGCUGUAGCGGCUCGAAGUGUUCCCGCCACCAAUGGCCAUACCCUUCCAACUCCUCCGAAUUCUAUUUCUCCCAAUCUGCCUCCGCAUGUUAUCAAAUCACUGGGUACCCGUUCGCCGCUCCCUCAGCUCAACUUGGAGCAUGUUGAUUCCGACCUAGAUUUACAAGAUGGGAGUGGAAAUGAAGGAACUUCAGAUGUCGGAUCGCCAGGGUUGGAUACUACCGGUGCUAUUACCUCUAGUCUAUUGGCUAAGCACCAUCUUCCCGAAAUUUUACUGGAUCACGGCCCACUUGCUAUUCGCCACAUCAUGGGCUACCUCACCACUUCAGUUCCCGGCUUUUCUGGCAUUCCUCCCGCGAAGGCUAGAAGACUCGUGGUGGGUGCUCUCGAAGGACGUGGAAAUGGCGGUGAGCCUGGCGGUGUAAAGGGAAAUGUGUUGUUCGAGAAAGUGGGUUGGGGCCGCUGGGACGCGAGGCUAAAGGGACACCCCGCGAGAAUGGGUCGAGCCUUUGGUAAUUCACCAUCGCCGAGUUUACCUGAUUCCUAUUCCAUGGGGAUGCCAAUCGCCAACAAGCAAGGAUGGUCGUUCACUCGAACACGUCUCAAUGAACCAGGCUCAAGUUGGGCCGGUGAUUCGGCUUUUUUUUCUCAUGGUGAUGAUGUCUCGAUGCCUGAUGAGGCUGACAAGAUGUCUUUAGAUGGUGAUGAGUCCGGUUCUUCCUCAUCCGAGCAAGGAGGAGAUGUAAUGAUGGAGGAUGACGAUCCAAAUGAUGUGACGGAUGAGGAGGAUUGGGCAGCGGUCGGAGCCGCGGCAUUGCGCGCAGCUUCCUAUUCAACCUCUGGACCGCUUGCAUCUGGACCACUUCCACAAAUUUUCAAUUCUCAUGUAUAUAGGGGAGGUUUCCGCCCUAGUGUUGGUCAUUCCAAUCCAGCACCAGCACGAACCCACACCCCCAACAGUUUCACAGCUUUGAACCUAGCUUCCGCGGAUUCUCAAGAACGGGAGGCUAUAGAAGCACUUUUACGACUUGGUUCUGUAUAA